CCUUCACUACUUCUCUCUCACUCACUCUCUCUGCUCCCAUUUGCAGAGAACAAUGGCAGCCAUAGCCACACUUUUAAUAUUCAUGCACUUGUUUUUAACCGUUCUACAUGCCUCAUCAAACCCAGAUUUCGAGCAUUUACUAGCAUUCAAAUCAUCCUCUGACGCAUCCAACAAGCUAGCCACCUGGAACUCAAGCUCCGACCUGUGCACCUGGUUCGGCGUCUCCUGCACCCGAAACCGAGUCUCGCGACUGGUCCUCGAAAACCUGGACCUCCAUGGCUCGUUGGAGCCCCUAACCGCGUUAACUCAGCUCCGAGUUCUCAGCCUCAAGCGGAACCGUCUCUCCGGCCCCAUUCCAGACCUCUCAAACCUCACCCUAUCCUACAACAACUUGUCCGGCCACAUUCCCUCCACGGUCAACCAUUUGACCCAUCUUCUCACUCUCCGGCUCGAGGUUAAUCGGUUCGCAGGUUCGAUUUCCGGCUUGAACCUCCCGAAUCUGCAGGAUUUUAAUGUGUCUGCAAACCGUUUGACCGGCGAAAUACCGAAGUCCUUUUCAGGUUUUCCCGAAUCCGCUUUCGCUCAAAACCCGGGACUAUGCGGGUCUCCGGUGCUGAACUGCAAGGGUCUAGUGAACAACCCGACUCGGCCAGGAUUUGAUGGAGCUAUCGCUUCUCCUGUAAUGCCGGCUGCUAAUCCAACAGUAGUAGCAUCGUCUCCGAGUUCACUGCCGGGAAACUCAACGCCGAACAAAUCGACAAAUACUCGCCGCAAUGGAACAUCGAAAAUAAGUCCAGAGGCUCUCAUCGCGAUUAUAGUCGGCGACGCAUUGGUUCUUGUUUUUGUUUCACUGCUCCUAUACUGCUAUUUUUUGCGGAACUUCAGCCCCAAAAUGCGGCAGGGCAAGAGCAGCUCGAAGCUUCUAGAAAGCGAGAAGAUAGUAUACUCUUCAAGCCCGUACUCGGCCCAACCUGGGAUCGAGCGGGGUCAGAUGGUGUUUUUCGAGGGGGUGAAGCGGUUCGAGCUCGAGGACUUGCUCAGAGCCUCGGCGGAGAUGUUGGGUAAAGGCGGGUUCGGAACGGCAUACAAGGCGGUUCUGGACGACGGCAAUGUGGUGGCGGUAAAGAGGCUCAAGGAUGCGCAGAUUAGUGGGAAGCGAGAGUUCGAGCAGCACAUGGCGGUGUUGGGGCGGCUCAGCCAUCCCAAUAUUGUUAGUUUGAGAGCUUAUUAUUUUGCCAGGGAGGAGAAGUUGCUGGUCUACGAUUACAUGUCGAAUGGUAGCUUAUUUUGGCUGCUUCACGGAAACCGGGGCCCCGGUCGAACCCCACUGGACUGGACCACGAGGCUGAAAAUCGCAGCGGGAGCGGCUCGAGGCCUAGCUUGUAUUCACAACUCGUGCAGUCCGCUUAAGCUCACCCACGGUAACAUCAAAUCCACCAACAUCCUAUUAGACAAGGCCGGCAAUGCUCGUGUCUCUGACUUCGGACUCUCCGUGUUUGUACCUCCUCCCCCAGCCACGUCAUCCGCUCCACGAUCCUGCGGCUACCGCGCUCCCGAGACGUUGGACGGUCGAAAAUUAACUCAAAAAUCCGAUGUGUACGCUUUCGGUGUGCUUCUGCUGGAGCUGCUCACAGGGAAGUGCCCCUCCGUCGUGGACAGUGGUGGGCCUGGGGGUGGUUAUGGUGGGCUUGUGGACCUGCCCAGGUGGGUCCAGUCUGUGGUCAGAGAGGAAUGGACGGCGGAGGUGUUUGACCUUGAGCUGAUGAGGUACAAGGAUAUAGAGGAGGAGAUGGUGGGGCUUCUGCAGAUCGCGAUGGCUUGCACCGCCGCUUCGCCUGAUCAACGGCCCAGGAUGAGCCAGGUGGUGAAAAUGAUCGACGAGAUUCAGGGUGUGGUGGGCUCCCCGAGUCAUGAGGCCUUUGACUCCAUGUCCGAGUCGCCUUCCUUGUCGGAGGACACUUGCGGCGCGAGCCAGUAACGGUUUACAACCAUAUUAUUAACAGUCUUCUAUUGUAAAUCACGGGUUUCGUUUUGUGGGUUUCGAUUCUCCUGCUUUGCUUAUUUUAUUUUCAUUUUCGUUUCUGCUAAUUACAUGGCUUGCGAACCAUUUUUUUAACACAGAGUUUGAUUCUCGGCAA